CCACAGCACUAAGGCACUCGUGCAACUGCAAAGAUGGCAUUUGCUGUUCGCUUGUUGUUCCUCCUUUGUGUGAUCAAUGGACUGUUGAGUGGAGGCCAUUCGUUCUUUUUCGAUUAUUGGAAAGAAAAAAUUGUCGUUAAUAACUGUCCUAAAGGGUGGACUCAGUUCAAUUGUGAGUGCUACAUUUUCCAAGCGGAAGAGAGGGAAUUUCUUGAUGCAGAGAGUGUCUGUGAAGUUCUCGGUGGGAAUCUAGUCUCAAUCGAAAGUGCCCUGGAAAAUAUAUUUGUUCAAGGACUUAUACCAGAGGGGGUUACUUCAGCCUGGAUUGGAUACAAUGACGAAGAUGGGAAUAAUGGCUAUGAAUGGACUGAUGGAACAACACCUCCUGAAGAUUUUUUAAACUUUGUUCCACCACCAUCACAAUCACAAUCACUUCCUACUGGUGAAUGUACCACAAUUAAUGAGGAUGAUGGUGUUUGGACGACUACAUCGUGCACAGCCACGGAACCAUAUGUUUGCAAGAGACCAGUUGUCCAUUAACCCUAAAGUUUCCUUGCCUCAACGAGAUUAAACUCUUCUGGCGUCUUUGUGUUUCUGGGGUGACUAUCAAAUGUGAUGUUUUUUCUUCUAUUUCAUCAAUCUGCUCAAUCAUUAUCAACAAAAAAUUAAAAUCUCAAACUGCUUGUCUCUAAUAAAUCAAAGAAUCCUUGAGAAUCAAAAUGCAACAGAAGCGACAGCUUGGGAAAUGUUUUGAUUUUUGAAUUGUAAUGUAUUUUAAAACCCCACUAUUAAUUUCAAUAAAGUACAAGAAAAGCACCUGAAACGUUAGAAUAACAUACACACACACACGCGCGCGCACACACACACACACACACACACACACACACACACACACACACACACACACACACACACACACACAGGGGGAGUGAAAGCAGCGUCAUGUGACUUGUUUCACUUUGCGUUUGUGUGCAGGUGUUCAUUGACCAAAGCACACAUUUGCCAUAAAGGCUACCAUGGAGGAAUGUUCUUUUGUGUGUCUAACUAAAUGUGACUUUUACUUGAACUGAUUUAUCAAGAAUGGGCCUCAAUGGUACACUUACUGCUUAUCAGGUAGGACUUUCCGUAUAUCAUUUUUUAGGCAUAUAGAAUGUAGAGUCAGACAUGGGAAACCAGCAUAAAAUGCCUAUUUUUGUUUUGCAGAUUGAUGUUCUCUCAACUGUAUAUUUGGUCUCAUUAGUUCCCAGCGUGAUUGGCAGCUGUUCUGUGCUGGUGGUUUCCAUGGUCAGAUGGAGGCAUCUGAAAGAACAGGUGCACCUUUUAGUUCAGCUGUCCCUGGCAGACCUUGCAGCUGCUCUGAUCCUGAUGUUCACCAGUGCCAUCAACAAAGUCGGUGCCAACAACAGUGUAACCAUUUGCCUAUACAGCCUGCCUCUGUCACUGACAUUUUACCUGAUCUCAUUCCUGCUGGUGGCAGUGUACGCAUGGAAGUCCAAAAACCCCAUCAAAGGUUGGCGAGCGACAGCCACUGAGGAUGAGGGGAAGCAGAGUGGCUUCAGAAGUAGACUGUUAUCUUUACCAGUGUACAUGUUUGUUUGGUUGAUCCCCGGUGCCGUUUACUUGGCGUACGUGCUAACACCUUUCAUCCGAGCCACUCCUUUGAUUCCUGACCCCCGAAGCACCAGCAUCCAGGACAAUGCUAAAUACUGCACCAGUUGUAUUUUGUUCAUGCACAUCUGGAUAGAUUCCUGCUCAGAUGUUGAGAUAAUCCAUGAUACUUUUAUGCGAGUCUUUAUCUUCCUGGUGGUGAUCCCUGUGAUGCUGUCAUGCUCUGUUAUUUACCAUAAGGUGGGAAAGUGGCAUGAAGAGCACCAGCAGGCGGCCCUUUUCCCAGUGGAAGGUGACGGACUCUCUGGCAGGAGAUUGAAAAGUUCCUUCACCACAGCCAGGAACAUGGUCAUGGUCAUCUUGUUCUGUUGGGCACCAGCCCUCCUUGUCAUAUUGUUGUCAACGUUGGUGCUGUGGGCAGAUGUUGAGCAGCAGAGCCUGUUUGUUGCCUACACAAUACAGGCCACCAGUGUGUCCUUACAAGGCUUCCUCAACAGUUUGGUGUACGCAUGGGGACGCCCCAACUUUACCCAGGCCGUCAUAGGGGAGAGCACACCCCUGGUGACGUACAGACACAUGGCCUUCUUCGACGAGUCGCUAAGUUGCGACAUCAGGCAUGACAACAAAACAUUCUUCAGAUAAAAUGCAACUCUGGCUGGACGCAAUUGAAGAACAGAUGGAGGAUGAACAAAGACUGAUGCCAUGUUGUCGCAUUGAAACUGCUGAGAUACGGUACAGCAGGAUCAAAAUCGUAUUUAUACUUAUGCUUACGUAAAUGACAUAAAAAGGUCACAGUGGUACCUCCCUGACACACGUUGGAACCAGCCUCGCCUUUUGUUUUGUGAGACAUAACCCAAGGUGUGAGAACAUUAUGAAAACCGGUUCCCAAUAAGUAGUCUGGCAUGAAUGGUUUUUUUGCCUGCCUGACAACAAAAAGUAUGAUUAAUCAAUGAUAAUUAAUUAUUAAUGAAGAGGGAGAAAGAGCGUGAGAAAGAGUCCCAGGAA